AUGAAUAAUUUUGCGGAUUCGAUUGCUUCUUCUACAUCCGAUGAUGAUGAUAGCUCUGAUGAAGAUGACUUGGUGGUGCACACUUUGUUGUCUUCGGCACGCAAUAGGGUGCAACAAAGAGGCGAAAGUUCAAAUACCGAGAAGAGACAUAGAAUUUUGAUAGUUCGGGAUCGUAUGGCGGCACACGAGCUUUUGGUACGUGAUUACUUUGCCCUUGAUAGUUUUUAUGAGUUUUUCCAAUUGAGAUGGGAUGCAAGAGGUAAACGUGGUUUUAGUAUCCUACAAAAAUGCACAGCAACCCUUAGACAAUUGGCAUACGACAUAGCAACAGAUGCUUCAGAUGAGUAUCUGAAAAUGUCUGAGAGGACUGGGCGAGAAUGUGCUUAUCUUUUUUGUGAGUAUGCCAUAGAGCUUUAUGGUGACAUAUAUUUGCGACAUCCAACUAGAAAUGAUAUUGAACAGUUGUAUGCCGCAAAAUAA